UAGUUUUGUAUUCGCUUCUCAAAAGAAAAACCCAAGUCCAGCUUUUUUCUGCAAAAUCGUUCCAACCAAUUUCAACUCCCGAGUCCUCUAAAAAAUGUGUGGAGGUGCUAUCAUUUCCGACUUCAUCCCUCCGACGCGGUCCCGGCGAGUCACCGCCGACUUCCUCUGGCCCGAUCUUAAGAAAUCCAGCUCCGGGAAAAGAUUCUCCGCCGGCGGCCGGCCACGCGGCUCCGGGAUCCUCGGAUUGGACGACGAUUUCGAGGCUGAUUUCCAGGAUUUCAAGGAUGAGUCUGAUGUGGACGACGAUGAGGAUAUGCUCGGUUCCAAGCCCUUUGCUUUCUCCGCCGGAAAGCCUUCUCCAUCUGCUCGCGCCCCCAAGACUGUGAAAUCUGUUGAGUGCAAUAGUCAGGUUGAGAAAUCUGCAAAAAGGAAGAGGAAGAACCAGUACAGGGGAAUUCGUCAGCGCCCAUGGGGCAAGUGGGCUGCCGAGAUCCGAGAUCCAAGGAAAGGAGUCCGGGUUUGGCUUGGGACUUUCAACACUGCUGAAGAGGCUGCAAGAGCCUAUGAUUCUGAGGCGCGUAGAAUCCGUGGCAAGAAAGCCAAGGUGAACUUUCCUGAAGAAGCCCCUCGUGCUUCUGCAAAGCGUGCUGUCAAGGGUAAUCCUCUGAAAGUGCUUCCCAAGACAAACUUGGACGAUAUCCAGUCUAAUCCGGACCAGAACUACAAUUUUGGCUCAGAUCAAGAAUACUACAAUUCCAUGAGUUUCCUGGAAGAGAAACCCCAAACUAAUAACUUUGGGUACAUGGAUUCUGUCCUUACCAAUGGAGAUUUUGGGCUGAAAUCUUCCACUGGAGCUGAUCCUGCCCCACUGUAUUUCAGUUCUGAUCAGGGAAGCAAUUCCUUUGAUUGUUCCGACUUUGGUUGGGGAGAACAAGGCUCAAAGACUCCUGAAAUCUCAUCUGUUCCUGAAGAAAGUGAGAACCCAUUUUUUUUGGAGGAUGCUAGUCCAACCAAGAAACAGAAGACUAACCCUGAGGAUCUUGUGCCUGCUGAAAAUAAUGUUACUCCCAAGACACUGUCUGAGGAGCUGUCAGCUUUUGAGAUGAAGUAUUGUCAGACCCCAUACAUGGAGGGGAGCUGGGAUACUUCGAUGGAUACCUUUCUCAAUGGUGAUGCAACCCAGGAUGGUUGUAACCCAUUGGAUCUUUGGGCCUUUGAUGACCUUCCUUCAAUGGCUGGGGGAGUUUACUAAGUGUACCAGCUUUUCAAGUUUAUGUAAAUAAAGCUACAUGUUAGAAGGGUUUCGCUGAAGAGUGCAAGCAGUUGAACAUGCAUAAUACUUGUGUGGGGAGUAUUUAAGCUGUAGCUGCUGGUGUUUGGGGGAGUAUAUAGGUAUUAGGUUUACUUCUACCUUCAAAGACUUAAUAUUUCUUGCUAAACUUAAUGUUUGUACUGAUGUUAUGGGUCUGUGUAAGCUGUGAUGAUACUGAAACCUGAUGAUUGUGAACUUCGGUCUGUUUCAAUUUAUUCAGUUCUUUUGUUAUACAAGAGGCACCCAAAUUUAUGCACAUA